AUGACCUCCAUACCCCACACUGAGGACAAACUUUACAGUUCUAGCUUCACUGCAGCAUUAAGACACAGACAGAAGGAAGACAGGCACAGAAGAGACAUCCUGGACACUACAGAAAUCCCAGCAGAGCUCAUCGAUCCAGCUGCCAUCGACCUCACUCCCCUGGUCAAUACUUUAAUAAAUUCAAGCCAAUCGGGCUCCCGUCAGCUCUUCUCCCUCCUCAGCGUGACGUCCUACAGCUCUCUGGCUCUCCAUAAACUCACCCUGCUGGUCUACAACAUUUCCAGCAUCAGAAGUGUAGAAAGCAACUUGUUCAGGAGAAGAUUCUGUUACUGUGUCACAAAUGAGACCAACGACUUAACUGACUUUACAGCCAUUCUGUUGGAUGUGAUCGGAAACUCAACCAGUUACCUACACGAGCUCUUUAAAUCUACCUCCAUAUUAUCAGUGAGCCAGAGGAACAACUCUGACUGUAUUUACAUCUGUGUGAUGGCAGGUAAGAUGGGUAAAGAGGUGCCGGAGCUGUGGGAGGUCACCUCCAUCACUCCUCUCUUCAACCAGACUAUUGUGGAAGGGCCUCACGGAGGCUGUCCUUGGAGGAGGCCGGAGCUGACCGGUGAGUCGAUCUCCAGCAGCACGACGGCGACGACCACCACCACCACAGUCAGCGCUCACAAGCUGCAGCCCUGCGUCCUCGAGCUCUGCAAGUUCUUCUCGCAGUGCCUCUGCAGACCCUUCAACCACAAGACGCGCAUGAAAAGGUACUGUGACGACAGCCACCUCUGGUACGAGAAGCACACGUCUGAGGUGUGUCGGCGGGUCAGGAGAGUCUCCUUCUCCAGAAAUCUGAAACAGAGAUGCCUGACAAAGAUGUGCAAUAAACUGUGA